AUGGCAGAUGACGCCGGUGGAUGGAGCACGAUUGAGUCCGAUGAGGGGCUGUUUACCUCGUUGAUUGAAGAGCUUGGUGUGAAGAAUGUCCAAUUCGAAGAGCUUGUUUCUCUCGACGCAGAUACAAUACGAUCAUUAAAUACCGUCUACGGCGUAAUAUUCCUCUUCAAAUGGACCAGCGGACAAACGCGCAACGACCGCGCGCCGCACGACGGCACAUACGACCGCUCCGUCGCCGAUAACCACGGGCUCUUCUUCGCGGCGCAGACGAUCCAGAACGCCUGCGGCACGCAGGCCAUCCUGUCGGUGAUCCUGAACCAGGACACGCGCAUCGACAUCGGGCCGGAGCUGCGCGACUUCAAGGACUUCACGACGGGCUUUCCGGCGGACCUGCGCGGCGAGGCGCUCAGCAACUCGGCGCCCAUCCGCAACGCACACAACUCGUUCGCGCGCGCGUCGCCGUUCGCGGACGAGACCGCGCGCGCGCCCGCGGGCGCCGACGACGACGCCGAGCUGUACCACUUCAUCGCGUACACGCCGUUCAACGGCGUGCUGUACGAGCUGGACGGGCUGCAGCCGGCGCCCAUCAGCCACGGGCCGUGCGAUGCCGCGAGUUUCCCCGAGCGCGUGAUCGAGGUGCUGCAGCGCCGCGUUGCGCGGUAUCCCGAGGGCGAGAUCCGGUUUAAUCUGAUGGCGGUGGUGGAAGAUCCGCGCGCCAGGGCCGCGGAGAUGAAUGAUGAGUUGAAGUUACAGAGUGAGGAGAACAAGCGGCGGGCGUGGGCGUGGGAGAAUGCGCUGAGGAGGUGGAAUUUCGUGGGGUUUAUUGGGGAGAUUUUGAAAGGGGUGGUGGGCAUGAAGGUUGCAGGAGGACAGGAUGAAUAUGAGAAAUGGGUCAAGGAGGCAAGGCAAGAAACGACAAAAAAGCUAAAUAUGAGGCGUACGGGCGGCGCGGGAGAAUGA